AUGUCGGAGGACCUGGGUGGGAGACUCGAUACUCGCAUCCCGGUCCGAUCAAUGUGGGUUCAAAAUACAUUUACAAAUGAAGCCUUCUCCAUUGCGAUAUUCGAGCCUGAAGCCGCGAGAAGUGGUACAGAUCCAGAAAUCCUGCGCCAUUUCUCUCGAUCGCUGCAUCUCGUCAAUGAGCGACUAUCAGGACAACAUGCUUUAGAGAAUUCGACUCUGAUAGCUAUCAUCGCAUUAUCUCAGUUUGAACGUGUUCAGGAUAACUACGAGGAAGCUCUAGUGCAUGUCCAGGGGCUGAACCGUCUGGCUCUUCUUCGGGGUGGAAUUGCUGGAUUUCGAGAUCAUCCAGCCCUCAUGCAGAAACUUUUCAGGCAAGAUAGAGCGGACCUUGAAAUUGCUCUUUACUUCGGAACCGCGACCACCUUCCGCGCAGAAGACUUACCCAGCCAGAACGUGACCCUAUGGCUACGGAAUCUAUACAAGAAAGAUAGACAGAGCUACUAUAAGAGCCAAAAGACGGCUCUGGGAUUGGACGGCCCCCUUCAGGCAAGUUUCUUAGACAUCAUGAGCUUGGCAGCAUUUGUGAGUGGGCGCACGCCAUGUCCGACGAAGCUUCAAAUCUACCCGUUCCACGACAUGAUAAUAUUCUUGGGGUUUCGUCUGCUUGAAACCCGCCCGUUAGACCAAGCUGAACUGGCUACAACAUACGAAAGCUUAAUGCAUUUGGCCUUGAUAGGCUUUUUGACGACGUUUCUACGAGGGCUUGCAGGUAGAGCAUCCAAUUUCAAGGCUGCUACGAGCUCACUCCGGAAGGCCAUCCUGGAAGCACCUAUUGAAAGAUCUCAUUUCCAAAAGCUCGUUCUCUGGUCUGCUCUGGUCGGAAGGCAUGUGCUUUUCAACGAUGAUGAUGAGUACUGGCUUGUACCGCGGCUUGCCGAAGUUAGUUACGCCUUGAAUCUUAACGGAUGGGGUGGUGUUGAAGAAGUUCUAAUGGACUUUCCCUGGAUUCCAUCAAUUCAUAACACGACGGCUAAGCGAUUAUGGAAUAUCUCCCAAGAGGGCUGUUUUGAGCGUGAAAGAGCAGUGGAAAUAAUCCCAUGGGAAUAA